AUGGAUCAAGAUAUAAAAAAAGAUAAAAGAUCAAUUACAUCUGCUCUAAAUCUACAAAAAGCACGUGAUGCUAGAAAAAAUCAAUUUAUAAUCUAUGAUAGUGAUUCUGAUUCUGAUAAUGAUUCUGAUAAUGAUAAUAUAAAGAAAAGAACAAAAAACAAAGCUCCUGUAAAAAAGAAAAGAAUAGUAAUAGAUAAUAACAAAAAAGACUUUGAACAAAUGAAUAAAAAAAUGGAAUCUCUCAUUGAAAUGUUUACUUGUCACCAACAAAAAAAUAAUUUCAUUGUAAACGAUGAAGUUGUAGAGAAAGAGAUAAAACAACAACCUAUAAAUAUUAAAGAAUCAGAUAUUAUAAAGAAUAAAAUGAUUAUGAAAUCAAAAAAGAAUGAUAAAAAAUUGAUUAGAAAGUUGAUUAGAGAAGCAUUAGAUGAUGAGAGGAAACAACAACAACAGCUCUCUAAAGAAAGCAGCCCUGUAUUGGCUUGGUCAAAUCCAAAUGAAGUUGCCAUGAUCAAAUCAAUACAGGAUGCCAACUUUAGAGAGUCUGUACUCAAGAAUCAACAAGAAUUGGAUAAAGAAACAAAGAAAAAGAUCAUUGAUCUAACAAAAGAUGAUCAGCAAGAGAUACCAAUUCUAAAAAAAGAAAAUGAUAGAUUUGAUCAAUUGGAAAAGAGGUUGUCAAUGUUGUUUGAAGCAAAGGAGGAGAAAUUAAAGAGAAGACAAGAAAAAGAUGAUAGAUCAAUGGAAAUACUUUACAAUCAAAAGUUGACAGAAAAGAGAAUACAAGAAUUGGAAGGCAAGUAUGAAAAUACAAGACAAAUAGAUGAACAAUUACAAUCAAUUAUAGAUAUGAACAAUGAAAUGAAAGAAAAGAAUCUUUUGGAAUUGGAAAGAACAAUUCAAGCAAAUCAAGUAAAUCAAGCAAAACAAACAGAACAGCAACAACAAAUAAUGGUUGAUCAAAUUUUACCAAAUGAUUUAAUAGAAAUGGUCCCAAGAAACAAUCUAACAGCUACAAAUGAUUUUGUAAAAGAGUAUUUAAAUUCAACUAUGACCUCUACUAAACUAUCUACAAAUUUAGGAAAUGAAUUAAAAGACAUGGUAAAGAAUCAAAGAAUUAGUGUCAUUGAUUUAAUUGUAUCAUUUGCCCAAGAUUUGAAAAAAAAACAAAAGAUUGGUAGUGGAAGAUCAAAGGUCUUUAUGAUAGAAUAA